AUGCCUGCGUCUGCAGCGGAGAUGGGGAUGAUGGGUGGGAAGAAGCCGAAGCGAAAACAGGCGCCAUUCAUGAAUAAUACUCACAAGAGACCAUGGUUCUGUUGGAUAAUAUCUACCAUCCAGGUUUCAGUAUUCAUUGCCGAGAUUGCGCGUAAUGCAAUCCUAACUGGAAGUCCGAUUAUGAUCAAGCCGCAGGUUAACCCUAUGAUUGGGCCUUCAACAAAUGUACUCAUCAAUAUGGGUGCACGAUUUGUACCUUGCAUGAAGCUUAUCGAAGGUGUCACCGAUCGUGCGGAUAUAGCCCUCAACUUUCCGUGCCCCACGGCGACCACAUAUGACGUCGCCGACAACAACUGCACUCUCUCGCAAUGGUGUGGUUUUGGGGGUGAUGAGAUUCCAAAAGAUCUGGGUGGGAAAUCGUCGAGCAAGGAGCCCGAUCAAUGGUGGCGCUUCAUUGUGCCUAUGUUUUUGCACGCAGGGAUCAUUCAUAUUGGCUUUAACAUGUUAUUCCAGCUUCGAAUUGGAGUCGAUAUGGAACGUGAAAUUGGUCCCAUCAGAUUCGCAUUGUGCUAUUUUGCGUCGGGGAUUUUCGGCUUUGUUCUGGGCGGCAAUUUCGCUCCGAAUGGUGUACCUUCAACUGGCUGUUCCGGUUCUCUUUUUGGCAUAAUCGCGCUCAUGCUCUUGGAUCUUCUCUGGAACUGGACUAACCGGCAGUCACCAAUGAAGGAAUUACUCUUCCUCCUUCUUGAUAUCUGUCUUGGCUUUGCCAUCGGUCUUCUUCCAGGGCUCGAUAACUUCUCCCAUAUCGGUGGUUUUCUCAUGGGUUUUAUCCUUGGUAUCGCUCUUCUCCACUCCCCAGUCAAUCUCCGCCGAAAGAUUGGUGCCGGCGACCCGCCAUACACCCCGAUGACUCCCGCAUAUAUGCACGGUGCCAAUACCGAGGGAGGUUCAUCUGCCACGCAGGGACACAGUGCAUCUGUUUUCAUCAAGUCUCCCACCGGAUUUUUCAAGGGCCGCAAGCCACUCUGGUGGGCUUUCUGGAUUGCCCGCGCAGCCGCCCUAACAGCAGCACUCAUCGUGAUGAUUGUCUUGAUCAACAACUUUUACAAGUAUGAGAAGAAGUGCACAUGGUGCAAGUAUCUCAGCUGCUUGCCGGUCAGCAACUGGUGUGAUGUUGGUAACUUGACCGUCACAACUACAGAAACAACGUCAAGGAAAAUGAUGGCGAGAAAUUUGGCGGCUUUUAUGUAG